GUAUUCUGAGUUAAAUGGUAAAAUCCAGGACUUGGGUCAAACCAACCCAGAGUGGCUUCUGUGUGAGUAUGAGUCUGUGUAAUGCUCUUACAAUUAUCAUGAUUGUUACUCUGUGCAGAUCAGUGUCAGCUGUCCCGGAGACAACAUGCAGGCUGGAGGGUCUGCUGGGGUUUGUGCAGGAGUCCACGCCCCUCUGGUGACAGUGAAUGCCUGCAUGGUCCGGCUGAGGAUCCAGGAAGGUUGGCGGACACAGAGGAAAGACGGCACAUCAUGAUCCGAGACUCCAUCGAGUAAAGGCUUCGAGUCCAACUCUCAUCUAAAGCAGGCAUCAUGAUUCCUGUGAUGGAAUUCCGGCAGUUCUCUGAACAGCAGCCAGCGUUCAGGGUCCUGAAGCCAUGGUGGGAUGUGUUCACUGACUAUCUGUCUGUAAUCAUGCUCAUGAUUGGUGUCUUUGGAUGCACUCUUCAGGUAAUGCAAGAUAAAAUCAUCUGCCUUCCUCAGAGAAUAUCAUCGACUUCAGAGAACAGUAGUGAAGUGGAAGUGAAGUCACUGUUACACCUGCAAUCCAAUACCUCAGCUGUACCGAGAGAAAUGACAGGCCUGAAGACUGAUCUGGAUCUUCAGCAGUACAGUUUCAUCAAUCAGAUGUGUUACGAGAAGGCUCUGCAUUGGUAUGCCAAGUACUUUCCCUAUUUAGUCCUCAUACACACUCUAGUUUUCAUGGUGUGUAGCAACUUCUGGUUCAAAUUCCCUGGCUCUAGCUCUAAAAUAGAGCAUUUUAUCUCAAUGCUUGGAAAAUGCUUCGACUCUCCCUGGACCACGCGAGCUCUGUCGGAGGUGUCUGGAGAAAACCCAGAAGAAAAGGACCAUAAAAAGAGCAACACUUCAAGAUCCAACAUUGCUGUGUCUCCUGGAGAGGGCAGUCUGGAGAAGACACAGUCCCUCCGAUCGAUCCCGGAGAAGAUUGUAGUUGAAAAGCCAUCAGCAAGUGUUCUUGAUAAAAAAGAGGGUGAACAAGCUAAAGCUCUUUUUGAAAAAGUGAAGAAGUUCCGUCUGCACGUUGAAGAAGGAGAUAUUCUUUACCUUAUGUAUGUUCGCCAGACUGUGUUCAAGGUGUUUAAAUUCCUCCUGAUCAUUGCCUAUAACAGCUCUCUGGUGAACAAGGUGCGGAACAGAGUACGUUGUGAAGUUGAGAUCCAGGAUAUGACGGGCUAUAAAGACUUUGAAUGCAAUCACACCAUGGCUCAUCUGUUUUCAAAGCUUUCUUACUGUUACCUUUGCUUGGUGGCUGUGUAUGGAUUAACAAGCCUUUACACCUCCUACUGGCUGUUUUACCGCUCACUUAAGGAAUACUCCUUUGAGUAUGUGCGGCAGGAAACGGGCAUUAACGACAUCCCGGAUGUCAAGAAUGACUUUGCUUUCAUGCUGCACAUGAUCGAUCAGUAUGACCCGCUGUACUCUAAAAGAUUUGCAGUUUUUUUGUCCGAGGUCAGUGAGAACAAACUGAAACAGCUCAAUCUCAACCACGAAUGGACGACGGAGAAACUGCGUCAGAGACUCCAGACAAACGCCAACAACAGGCUUGAACUUCAGCUCUUCAUGCUUCCUGGUUUACCUGACACCGUCUUUGAACUGACAGAGCUGCAGUCACUCAAGCUGGAGAUCAUCAACAAUGUCACCAUCCCCGCCUCAAUCUCUCAGCUGGAAGACCUUCAGGAGCUGUCUCUUUACCAAUGCUCUUUAAAGUUGCACACAACUGCUACCUCCUUCCUCAAAGAGAACCUGAAAGUGCUGCGUGUGAAGUUCGACGACAACAGGGAACUUCCACACUGGAUGUACGGCCUGCGCAACUUAGAGGAGCUCUGUCUCACCGGCUCUCUCAGCCCCGAUGCCUCCAAGAAUAUAGUUCUGGAGUCUUUGCGAGAGAUGAAGUGUCUGAAAACUCUCUCCCUUAAGAGUAAUUUGACCAAAAUACCCCAGUCGAUUGUGGAUGUUUCCAGCCAUCUGCAACGGCUGUACUUACACAAUGAUGGCACUAAGUUAGUGAUGCUAAACAACCUGAAAAAGAUGACCAAUCUGAUAGAGCUGGAGCUCGUGCGUUGUGAUCUGGAACGUAUUCCUCACGCAAUCUUCAGCCUGACAAGUCUGCAAGAGCUGGACCUGAAAGAGAACAACCUUCGUUCUAUAGAGGAGAUUGUCAGCUUCCAGCAUCUUCGGAAGCUUACAUGCCUGAAGCUUUGGUACAACGGCAUCAUGUACAUCCCAGAGCAUAUCAAAAAGCUCGGCAGCCUUGAGCGCCUCUACUUCAGCCACAACAAGAUCGAGAUAUUGCCCUCACACCUGUUCUUGUGCAACAAGUUGCGCUACCUGGACCUUUCCAACAAUGACAUCCGAUUCAUCCCUCCAGAAAUCGGAGUCCUUCAGAGUCUGCAGUACUUCUCUGUCACCUGUAACAAACUUGAGAACUUACCAGAUGAACUGUUCUUUUGCAAGAAGCUCAAAACGCUAAAGCUCGGCAAGAACUCGCUGUCCAUACUCUCGCCAAAAAUUUCCUACCUGGCUCUGCUGACCUACCUGGACCUCAAAGGGAAUCAUUUUGAGCUCCUGCCACAGGAGCUGGGUUGCUGUCGUGCUUUGAAGCGCAGUGGCCUUAUAGUUGAGGAAACACUCUUUGAAACUCUGCCUUCAGAUGUCAGGGACCAAAUGAAGGCUGAGUGAGACGCCUUAAUGUAGCCGCAGUGCCUGCUGUUUGCUCGAUACAGAGCAUUUUGUUUUAUAUGAAAUCAUUAUCAUACAAAUGUAUCACACUACUGGUAAGAGAGUUUAAGUUCAUAGGUUUAUUUUCAAAAUCCUUAAUGGAAGAAAAAUGACAUAUUCAUAUAUUGUUACACUGAGAGUGGCUGCGACAGGGACGUAUCAUCCGGCCACAAAUCCUUUUUUAGAGGGGUAGUUUAGUAUUUUGGGAAAACAUGCUUACUUUCUUGCCAAGAGUUUUAGGAAAAGACACAUAUCAACCUCAUACCUGUAGUGAAUCUUUUCCGGUUUCUUUCCUCCUCUAUGCCAGUAAACUGAUUAUCUUUGUCAAAACAAAACAUUUGAGAGUAUAAUCUUGGCUUUUGGGAAACACUAAUUGAUAUUUUUCACGAUCUGCUGACAUUUUAUAGCUAGAACAACUAAUCGAUUUGAGAAUUGAGAAAAUAAUUACAGAUUAAUCGACAAUGAAAAUAUUAGUUAGCUGCACGGUGACUGUACAUUAACCAGGCCAACUCUUUCCCCCUGCCGUCACUAAGCUUAGCUACUCCUCUUCUGGUUUCGUAUACCAACAUGAGAUUGAUGUUGAACUUCUCACUUAUCUCUAGGCAAGAAAUGAGCUGAUUUCCCAUAAUGUUGAGGUACUUCUUUAAAGAACAUCUGUCACUGCUACAUAGAAUAAUAUGAAUGUAAAUCCAAACUGAAGACCUCACUGAAGUGUUGGCCAGUAGCCUUAUGCUGUAUUGUACAUAUAUUAUGUUGCUCUUAAGAGACUGUUAGCUCACAUGCACCGCAGCAGGGGAGAACAAUAAAACAAAGGUCAGAUCUAACACAAGGGCAUAAGAUAAGUUAGAUAAACUAAUCUGUAUUAUAGAGUGCUGACAUUUUAAAGUGCAUUAAACCUAAAGGACUAUGUCAUACUGGUGUUUUUCUUUGGCUGUUAAAAUAUGCAUAUGAAGUAUGCAGCCGAUAACAAACAUGUAUUUUCAUAGGCAGUAUUUUUAUGUUGUUGAACAAUAAAAUUGGAUUUACUUGUAAA